AUAAUUAUUAUUCACUUCUGUACCCUACCUGUUUUUUGAAAGGAGGCUAAACCCUGUACUUUCCACAUACGUCUGCUUGUGCACACGGCCUUCUCGACUGCUGUUUACACGCCCCGUGUGCAUAGCGUAGGCCAUAGGCAGACCCGCGUGUCGGCGCCUCUGUCGCGACGCUUUUCGCGUUGUCCAACGUGUCUUUCAUUUUUAACCUUGAAGCGGCUUUUCUUUUGUGAAGGCUGUUAGGUGGUGCUUCUUUUUUUCCCCUGCAUCGCACUGGCAUCGUUGGCGCCUCUUUACAGACGCUGCACGGUCGUAGCUUUCGCGUACGUUCACUUGGUUGCCUUUAUUUCACGCGAACGAACCCGGUAGCAGGGGUCAGGUUAUUGUUUCUGCGAAAGCAUUCUACACAAAUGUAUCUUCACCUUUAUGCGAUAUCCUCAAGGGGACAGCCACCGCUUGCCUGGUAAUCAAUCCAGCUACUGCCGACAUUUGGAAAUUCUUCAUUGCACUGUCGCUUUGAAGUGACAGACAAAUCACGCCGCCCUUCAGAGCGCUUCGAACGUUGAAGGCGGAAAAAGAGUUUCUUUCUCGUACACGGCAGCCUAGAGGUCUGCUAUCAUGCAAUUGUAACCAGGAACACCCAUGGAGAAAGAUAGGAACACUAUGGAGGGAGGUGCGGAGCACGUAGAAAGAGGACGGUGCGGAGGAUCGGCAAUGGAGAAGGAUGACGAAUGUCAGUAUACUCCGUCGACGUCUCCUCCAGUUGAAGUUGCCGAAGAAGCAACUGACGACGUGGAGAAGAUCUCUUCGUCUCUGCCAGUCAACGAGAGAUACAAGGUACCGAGACAAAAUCAAACUCGAUGUCAAAUACACGACAAGGAGACGUACGAGCACAUGUACUGGCGCAGCUUGCAUGAUGCGGAUUCCUUCUGGCGUGAGCAAGCCACGGAGAUUCUGAGGUGGACUGCGCCUUUUACAAAGGUAUUCCACGGUCGGAUGGAAGAUGGGAACGUCUCCUGGUUCUUGAACGGGAAACUCAAUGUGUGCGAUAACUGCGUAGAUCGGUGGGCAGAGAAAUUUCCGAACCGCGUGGCUCUGAUUUGUGAGGGCGAUGAUCCUGAUCAGAGCCGGACGAUCACUUACCGCAAGCUGCUUCGCAAGGUCUGCCAGUUCGCGAAUAUGCUCAAACGCUUGGGCGUUCGCAAGGGCGAUGUUGUGAGCAUCUACUUGCCCAUGGGACCGGAGAUCGUCUACGCAAUGCUUGCCUGUGCCCGAAUAGGCGCUGUCCAUAACGUGAUUUUUGCGGGGUUCGCAGCAAGCAGCUUGGCCGAGAGAAUCCAUGACGCAGAGAGCCACAUUUUGAUCACAGCCGACCAAAGCUCGAGAGGUGGCAAGACGAUCUUCCUGAAGGACAUUGCAGAUGAGGCCAUGGCCAUUUGCCCUCAAGUACGACACCUUGUCGUAUUCCGGUGCAAAGGGGAACCUUUGAAGAACUGGGUCGAGGGCAGAGACAUCUGGGGAAACGAGUUAAUGUCGCAAAUGCAGCCGUACUGCCCCCUCGAGGUCAUGGACAGCGAGGAUCCGCUGUUCAUCCUGUACACGUCGGGAUCCACCGGGAAACCAAAGGGCUUAUGCCACAGCACAGCAGGUUACCUCCUUUACGCUGCGCUCACGCACAAGUGCGUCUUCGACUACCACCCAGGCGACAUCUACGCAUGUGUGGCAGACUGCGGCUGGAUCACGGGGCAUUCGUAUGUCGUUUACGGCCCCUUGUGCAAUGGCGCUACCACGCUGUUGUUCCAGUCCAUUCCGACUUACCCUGACCCCGGCAGGUACUGGCAGAUGAUCGAGAAGUGGAAGGCGUCCCAGUUUUACACAGCCCCGACAGCGCUUCGAGCUCUGAUGCGCUAUGGCGACAGCUGGCCAAAGAAGUACGAGCUGUCGAGUUUGCGGGUGCUGGGCACCGUGGGUGAGCCGAUAAAUCCAGAAGCCUGGCGAUGGUACGCAAGCGUCAUCGGACAAAAUCGCUGCUCAGUUGUCGACACGUACUGGCAAACGGAGACCGGCGGCCACGUGCUGACGCCGAUUCCCGGAGCCACAGUGACCAAGCCAGGGUCCGCCACGCUUCCCUUUUUCGGCAUUGAACCUGUCGUCCUCGACCCGGUCUCCGGCGAAGAAAAGCAGGGAAACAAUGUCUGUGGGGUGCUGUGCAUUCGCAGGCUCUGGCCAGGAGUGGCGCGGUCAGUGCACGGUGCGCAUCUCCGCCUGAUGAGCACCUAUUACUGGCCCUACAAGGGUUACUUCUUCACGGGUGAUGGCGUCUUCAGAGACGCGGACGGUUACUACUGGAUAACGGGCCGUGUUGACGACACGCUUAAUGUGUCAGGUCACCGUCUCACAACGGCAGAGAUCGAACACGCGCUCGUUCAGCACGACGACGUUGCCGAGGCGGCAGUUGUUGGAGUGCCCCACGAUGUCAAGGGGUCAGGCAUCUUCUGUUUCGUCAUUCUCAAGGAAGGAGUGUCGAAUCGACCUCACCUGCAGGAUGAGCUAAAGCGUGUCGUGCGCAAGUACAUCGGCCCCAUCGCGACGCCUGACUACAUUGUGAUUGCUAGAGAUCUCCCCAAAACAAAGAGUGGAAAAAUCAUGCGCCGUCUUCUGCGGAAAAUCGCAGCCUUGGAGAUUGAUGACUUUGGGGACACAAGCACCCUAGUUAACUCCCACUGUCUCGAGUCCCUCAUAAUAGAGGCAAAGAUGGCGCGCGGGGGCUCUCUUGCGAAAGCUUAAUGCGAAGGAAGGCCCGGGCAGACCACGAUGAUGAAAAUAGAGGACAGUGCGUGGAAAGAUGUAAAGUGGCAAACACGCAUAAUGCUGCGGGACCAGAACCAGGACGUCGCCUCAUGGCUGAGAGGGCAGUAACAUAUGAUACUGCGCACGCAUGCAAACAGCGUACAUGCAUGCGCAUGUAUUUGCAUGCAUGUACAUUACGAUUUAUACACAUGGUUAGACCAGGCGGGCUGAUGGAGGACCCAUAACGCUGGCGAUCGCAUAGGCCCGAUAUGUACAGAUAUGUGCAUCUCGUUACAUGCAUGUGCAUACAUAUAUAUAUAUAUAUAUAUAUAUAUAUAUAUAUAUAUACGUGCAUUUCGUCCGGGCAACAUCACGAGAGAUUGUUUUUGUUGCUGCAGUGAAUGCAGAGGCGAGAAAUGAAACACUGAGAACCCAGUUUUUUAGGGUGACAGAAAAAUGAUGCUGUCCUUGUCUCUUCUCAUCAGUGUUGUACGCUCCAAGCUUUUGUCUUGUGAGAAGUUUUGUCAUAACGGACGGUGGAUGAGCCUUUAGUUGCGGGAUCAAUAGGCUAGGGGGUCUGUUGUGGUAACCUCAGCAGUACAAGUAUAUAGGUGCAAGCUUACCGUUGUUUGUUACAGAUAACUGUAGGUUUGCGCACAGUGAAUCUUAUGAUGACAAUGAUUCGGAGGGACUAGCAAAGCGGGUUUGUGUUGUAGAGCUUUGUUUAAACCACAUGAACUAGUUUCAAGUCUGUGCGAGAACGUGUGCUGGGUAUUCAGCAUGCUCGAGAAACACAUUGACAGUCUUGGCAUUGAGAGGUGGGAUAUCUAAGGAUCCAUGUGUUUGCCGUCGUCGACUUCUAUAUUUUCUUCAAAUGCAUGCCUGCAUACACAGAUGAUGUGUUCACAACUGUAGUCGCAGCUUUGAUAGAACACAUGCUUACGCAUAUAUAUAUAUAUAUAUAUAUAUAUAUAUAUAUAUAUAUAAUUGGACUGAGAAGGCCGCCAAGACCAACAGCAAUUUCCUUAUCGGGGGAAUCUUAGUUCCUGGUUUUUUUUUUGCGUUUUCGUGGUGCGCCUUACGAAAUUUCCAGAGAUGACUCCCACAUGGUUGUUCGCCUUUGUCUUGGACCCGUCUGUAUUUUCUUGUCCGCAACAGAUGGCUAAUGAAGGACGUCCUGUCA